AGCCUCUUGUGCAGUUAUUACUCCAACCUAACCACCCCAACCCCCAAUCUCUCUCAAGAGCUAUGAAUAUGGUUUUCACACUGUGGCUGAAUCCAAGAAUUCAUGCCACCAAAUAACACCAUGACCACCCGAAGCAAUCAACAAGCCUGCGUUUUGAAGAGAAAAUCCAAAGCCACUAUGGAUCAAGACAGAAUCAUCACAUGUUGUUUGGACAGCAAAAAAGAUGAGAACAAGAACAAAGGGAAAACAUCAUACCCUCUCUUGUCUUUUCAUGAAUUGCCAGAUUAUAUGAAGGAUAAUCAGUAUAUAUUGAGGUAUUACAGGUCUGAGUGGCCUCUUAAAUUGGCCUUUUUCAGCUUGUUUCGAUGGCAUAAUGAGACACUUAAUGUCUGGACGCACUUGAUUGGGCUGUUGUUGUUUGUGGGAUUGACUGUUGCUAAUGCUAUGCAUGUUUAUGAGGUUGCAGAUUUCAUCACAAUGUUUGCUAUGCAAUUCCCAUCAAGUGCAGAAGCCAACAUCUCCAACAAAUUCUCAGCUGGGACAAAAAAUGUAAUAGACUUGAACCAAAAAAUGGACAUAACAAAAUCAACCACACCAAGCUGGCCUUUCUAUGUCUUCCUCUGUGGCUCCAUGUUCUGCCUCCUCUGCAGCAGCCUCUGCCACCUCUUCUGCUGCCACUCGCGCCGCCUCAACACGCAGCUCCUCAACCUCGACUACGUGGGCAUCACCGUCAUGAUCAUCGCCUCCUACUUCCCCCCCAUGUACUACAUCUUCCAAUGCACCCCUCACUGGCAAGUCGUCUACCUCACCGGGAUAUCCGUCCUUGGCGCCUGCACCGUCAUCACCCUCCUCACCCCGGCCCUCUCGUCUGGCAAAUGCCGCUCCUUCCGCGUCCUCCUCUUCGUCUCCAUGGCCCUGUUCGGCAUCAUCCCGGCCAUCCAUGCCGCGGUGGUCUACUGGAGUGAUCCUCACCGCAAUGUCAUACUCGCGUACGAGGGCGUGAUGGCGCUCUCGUAUUUGGUCGGGACCGUGUUUUACUUGAGCCGGGCGCCCGAGCGGUGGUGGCCCGGGUGGUUCGACUUGGCGGGGCAGAGCCACCAGUUAUUCCAUGUGUUUGUGGUGAUGGGGGCUUUGGCACAUUAUGGUGCUGCUGAUAUUUUCUUGAGGUAUAGGAGUAAAAUGGGGUGUGACAAACUUGGUUAUUGAUGUACUAUUGUUAGUGUUAUUUAUUAUUUGCCAUAUACUACUAUGUAUGUGGUUAUAACUUAUAAGGUCUAAAGUGCAACUUUGAGUUGCUUGAGAAUCGGGUCGGGUCGGGCCAGCGACGAUAAUUUGAUCGUCGUUAGCAAUUAGGUAAGGUUGGAACACAUUUGAUUAGCGACAAAUGUAUUUGAGUUGCAAUUUUAAAUAGUGGACUUUUUCUCGUCGUUAAACAUUCUAGCGACAACGAUCAA